AUGGCCAUGAAGGUCAUUGCUAACGGAUGUGUGCUUGGUCGAGGAGCGUAUUUCAAAGAUGGUUGGAAUAUCCUAGAUGGGACGCUCGUAAUUAUAUCCCUGAUUAAUGUUCUCUUCGAACUGUUUGCAACUGGCGAUUCUCCAAAAAUCUUCGGAGUGAUUCGAGUGUUGCGCCUUCUCCGAGCUCUUCGACCGUUGCGAGUCAUCAACCGAGCACCCGGUGUCAAACUCGUUGUCAUGACACUUAUUUCUAGCUUGAAGCCCAUCGGAAACAUUGUGCUUAUAUGCUGCACAUUCUUCAUCAUCUUUGGUAUUCUCGGCGUGCAGUUGUUCAAAGGUAUGAUGUUUCAUUGCGUUGGGCCGGAUAUAGCUAACGUUACCAACAGAGCCGACUGCCUGCAUGAUCCACGAAACAAAUGGGUUAAUCACCGAUACAAUUUCGACAACUUGGGACAGGCGUUGAUGUCGCUGUUCGUCUUGUCCAGUAAGGACGGGUGGGUGUCAAUAAUGUAUCAAGGUAUAGACGCUGUUGGUGUGGAUCUGCAGCCAAUCGAGAACUAUAAUGAAUGGCGUAUGAUUUACUUCAUUUCCUUCCUGCUUCUUGUUGGGUUUUUUGUACUAAACAUGUUCGUCGGGGUCGUAGUUGAAAAUUUUCACAAAUGUAAAGAAGCGCUAGAGAAGGAAAUGCGUGAGAAGGCAAGGGAAAAACGCCUACAGAGGAAGCUAAAACGCCAAAAGAUGUUCCUAAAUGGAAUUGUUACAUCGAAGUACUUCGACCUGGCCAUAGCGGCUGUUAUAGGCAUCAAUGUAAUAUCCAUGGCUAUGGAGUUCUACAUGAUGCCGCCAGGGUUAAAGUAUGUUCUAAAAGCUUUAAAUUAUUUUUUCACAGCCGUGUUUACACUUGAAGCAGCAAUGAAACUUGUUGCUCUUGGCGUGAGAAGGUUCUUCAGUGAAAGAUGGAACCGCCUUGAUAUGUUCAUUGUCUUUCUUUCUGUUGCCGGUAUCAUUUUCGAAGAAUUUGAAGCUUUGGAACUGCCCAUAAACCCAACAAUCAUCAGAGUGAUGAGAGUGCUGCGUAUCGCCAGAGUGUUGAAACUGCUUAAGAUGGCCAAGGGUAUUCGAUCUUUGUUGGACACUGUUGGAGAAGCGCUUCCACAGGUUGGAAAUCUUGGUUCGCUGUUCUUUCUACUCUUUUUCAUUUUUGCCGCUCUUGGUGUUGAGCUGUUCGGAAAGCUUGAGUGUUCCGAGGAUCAUCCUUGCGAUGGAUUAGGAGAACAUGCACAUUUCAAGAACUUCGGCAUGGCUUUUUUAACUCUAUUCCGCAUCGCUACGGGUGAUAAUUGGAAUGGAAUAAUGAAGGAUGCCCUUCGAGACGAUUGUGACUCAUCAGAUCACUGCGAAACUAAUUGCUGCGUAGAUCCCAUACUUGCGCCUUGCUUCUUCGUGAUAUUCGUCUUAAUUUCACAAUUCGUCCUCGUAAAUGUUGUUGUCGCCGUGCUGAUGAAACAUCUGGAGGAAAGCAACAAGCGGGAAGCCGACGGCGACGCCCCUGAGGGUGCUCAAGGUAUUCUUUCAAAGCUUAUCAGUAAAGACAUCGAUAUUGAAGAUUGUAACAAUGAAAAAGAGAUCUCGAUGAAUACCCUUGAGCAAGAGCUGAUCGAAGUGGAGCAUCGAAUCGAAGAGGAGAUCAGGCGACGCAGCAGCUGCCAUGCCGAAGCCGAACUUCAGCCUCUUUAUGGAAGCUGUGAUACCUACAAAGAAGACGAUAUCGACUACGAGGAGGACAUUUCCGCAGAUCGUUCAGCCAAGGAUUUCGUAAAGUGAGU